GGUCGCGGUUUGACCCUAAAUCUGUCUCUAGAGGAUAUUCAACGGAUGCAGGAUCUCCAGGCGCAACGCAUUGAUUUUGAAGAUCGAUUGAUUGGGAGGUUGAGCAUACAGCAAUCACACCAGAUGCUCAGGGAUAUUCUACACCAUGACCCCUCCCUGGUGUUUGAUUUGAGGCUUCGGACAUCAGAAGGGGCUCCACCAGUCCCACCAUCCACAGCUGCUGCUCCCUCCUGGUGUGUGUGUGCAAGGUGUCGGGAAAUGCCCACAGACCUGGAAAGGAAAUGUUGUCGUUUCCGACCUGAAGAGUGCAUUUCCACCAUGCCCCACAUGGAAAUCUUCUUCCUCAUGGAGGGUCAUCUGCGGAUGGCUCGGAGGCUGUGGAAUGACAUCAGGGCAGUAGAAGAUGCACAGACCCCAGGGGAGAGCAAUAGACAAUUCCGCCAUGCAGCCUACAGACAGUGGGUUGUGUGGCAGUAUGGAUCACUGGGGAGUGGACGGCGUGUGGUGGUACCCAGCUGCUGUGUUUGGGCCAUCAGGUACAGAUUUCCAGAUCCAAAUGGACAUAAUGUUGGAUUCAUCCCAAGCAAGGUUUGACACAGCUAAGUGUUGUGUUUAAAAUUUCAAUAGGACAGAGUUUUAUUUUUUAAAUUUGUUUUAGGCAAGUUACUUGCCUUUUAUUUAUUGUGUUUUAAAUUUCAAUAGGACAUAGUUUUAUUUUUUAAA